GAGAAAAUGAAAUGGUGCUGAGGGGAUGACAUUGGGCGAGAGCAAUUCGCAGGUCCUCCUCCUCUUCCCCUCGGGCUCGGCUCCUGUCUCAGAGUCUGCGCGUGGCUCGUAAAUCCUCUUCUUCUGCCACUGCUGCUGGCGCGCGCACAGUCAAAAUCUUCAUACUGGAGUGGAGGAGAUCCGGGGCUGCUUCGGACGGGACUGGGCAGGGGGAGUCUGUAGUGGGAUGCUAGGGAGGCUUGUGUAUCGGAUCCGGUAGACGACGACGAAGGAGGAGAAGAGUGGCAGAGCUGGAGAGAUCCGAGGCAAGAGGCACGGAGGGGCAGAAGACGGCAGGGAGGGGGCGGAGGGAGGAGGGCAGGGCCGGACGGGAUCCGAUUGAAAGAGGGGAGGAGGAGGGAGAGGAGGGAGGAGGAGGAGGAGGAGGAGCAGGCAGGGCGAGCAGAGGUCGAUUGUUGUUGUUUGUUGUCGAUUGAGGCGAGGAGGGCGAUUCGCGGAGGAGAGAGGACGAGGAGGAGUGGCAGCUGAGGAGGAUUGUCGGGGGAGGCGGUGUUGGUGGUGUGGUGGUGCAUUGGGUCGAGGAUGAGAGAGGACAUGAGGGCUUGAGGAGGGCAGACGGGGCAGACGGAGGCGAGCACGGGGAGAACAAGAGACCGGGGAAAUCUCAAGGUGGGAGGGGGAUGGCCGGGCUGGAAGGAGCGCACGCAGAUGAGGGGUAUGCGAACACCGGGGGGCCCAAAGAUGGGCCCGUGCUUACGAUGAUGAGCAAGAGGCUUAGAGCUCUGAGGAAGAAGUUCAAUAGGAUUUUGCAGAUAGAGGAGAACAAGGCGCAAGGGAAGACCGUGAAUAAAGAACAGGAGGAUGUGUUGAAGACGAAGAUAGCUAUCGCGGCGUUGAUUGAUGAGUAUGAAAAGCUCCGGCAGCCGCUCCUUAUUGCCGUCAGGGAGGAGGUGAGCGAGCGGGAGAAGGAGCUUAUGGCUGCAUCUCUUGAGCGGCGAGACGAGGAGGAAAGUGUUGGUGACGAGGCAGAGAGGGAUCAAUUAAAACCCGCAGCUGCCGCGGUCGAGAACGAGGAAGGGAAGGAUGGACUAGAGGCCCCACCCGAACAGGGUGUUGUUGCCGCCGAUCCUGAAGGAGACGUCCACGAGCACGGUAAUGGUGAAACUGAUGAGACUGAAGUGGAAAUGGUGGAGGAUGAGAUUCACAAUGCUGCGUCCGAAAAUCAUGAAGUCGAUGAGAGCUUGGCGCCCUCCGGCUCUCUCACCGACUCUCAGAUUGGAGAUCUUUUGAAACUUCUUUACUUUGCCCAGCUCUUUGAUGUGCGUUCUCAAGGAGAAGCCCCUUCGUUUGUGUGGACGAAAGUACACGAAAGAAGCUCAUGUCUUUCUUACGAUUUUGUAACUGAUGAUGCCGCCACUCCCCUCGUCGAAGGUGAUCUGGAUUCGCUCUCCGUCUUCGGUUCUCUGUUGACCACACGGUCGCCCAAUGUCACAUUGUCUCACAAGGAAGCGCUGGAGAAAUGCGUGGAGCACGCCAAAGCUUACAUGGCCGGGUCAGAUGGUCCGGUGGGCGAGCUCGGUAUUCCAUACUCGCGACUCAGAGAAAGGCUAAAUAGAAUACUCUCUUCGGAGUAUUUUACAAUGACGCCAGAAUUGCAAACAGUCAGUCAACAAACGGCGGCAGCAGCUGCUACAGCUGCAGGUCAAUAUGUCACGAAAGUUACAGUGUUAGAGCCCCAAGUUGUGGCCGGUAUUAUCGCCGAAGAGGAUGACAGUGCUGUCGGAUAUUAUCAAGAUGUGACUGUCAAUACUCAGUACUUUCAGCCGAGACCAGAGUUCAUUCCCGCCGUUCCGAUGGUAAUCGCCAAUGGAAUCCCUUUGGCUACAAGUCCGUUGGUGCAGUUGACCAACUCGGCACCAUUUGUACCUGAAACUAUGGGUGCAGUCGCAGACACGCCUCAGUUUGGCUCUCACGAAGAGGCUAAUCAAGCAUCUUCGGUUCAAGAGAACACGUCAGAGCAUGAGCAUGUCCAGCAAGUGAACGUGCAACCAGGUCUUCAAGGACAGCAGCAUCACAAUCACGGCCAUCAACAAGGAGGACCAAGGGGUGGUGGAUAUCAAAAUAACAUGAGGGGAAGGCAAGGCGGCUACGGUGGUCAAGGAGGCCGAGGUGGACGUGGAGGAGGUUUCCCCAGUGGACGUGGUGGGAGGUCUGGCAGAGGACCUCCCGGGGGCUACCAGAAUGGGGGACGAGGAGGAGGACAGUUCUUUGAGCAAGGAGGGUUUUACCCUCGUCAACACUAUGGUGGGGGUGGAAGAGGUGGACGGGGAGGCAGAGGUGGAGGUGGAGGCAUGAUGUACAAUGGGCACGCCAACGGCCCAGCACCAUCAGGACCUCCACCCCCUGCCGUAGCCACGGGGUCAGCAUAAUUGCGCAUGAAACUUAAAGAGAGCUAUAAGUUUGGGCUUUUAUCCAAUUUUGGUUCUACAGUCAUCAGUCCGAAAAUAUGGAUGUGUAUGUUGAACUAGAUCAUGGAAGUAAACGUGAUCAGCACACUCCCUGUUUAAGUCCUGAAACGGAAUGCCAUGCCAAUCAUGAGUCGCUGUUGUGAGGGAAGUUCUAUCAAACUUAAGAGGUUGAUCCUACGAAGCGCCACCGAUCGUUGGAUCUCUUCUGCCUAGAUCGUUCACUGUCUACUGUAGCUUUGUUGGGCUCGAGAUGCCUCAUGAUUAGGAGAGGACUACACAGCGGGACACCAGGAGUCAUAUCUCUUAGAUCCUGUGUUUUAAAUAGCUAGUUAGAUAGGACCUGUUCUCAUCCUAGCCCUAUUCUGAUCAACGAAGGUGCCUUUUGGCGAGUUUUGUUCGAAGUCUGAAUCAUCAACAAGAGAAUUUGUCAUUGGGAGUUUUCCAUGUUUCAUAAGUUCCUGACAUCAAAGUGGGCGGUGGUGGCGCGUGCGAUUGUGUAUGGAUGUUCUCUCCGAUUACUUCUUUUAUACGAUGACAGUGUUCACAUUUGACCCAGAGUUUCUUGUUUGUUAGUGAGCCUUGGAUGGGAAAACUUAUACACAAGCGAGAGGACCUAUCACAAGAACGGUUCCUAUUCUAUGGAAAUCCGGAGUGAGCAGCAGAAGACAGUAGAACAGGCAUACGAAUAGUUGCUCUGGCUUAAAUAGUGAUGUGUUGUAUCAUAUUUGGAAUACAUACGGCGGUGUUAAGGAAGAACCACGCGACGCAAAGCCAAAAGAGAAAUGGUUGGCCUUGUCAAUACUGAAGGCAAGGUAUGGACACUCUUAAUGUUCUGUUCGUCACAGCCUACUGCAUGUCGAUCGGGCCUGCUCGUCAGGUUCUGGAAGUCAUGAGUACAGCUACGUUUUAGUGUAUGUCGCAGUAUUAAAUCUUUUUGGUGGAAAGUCUGGUAGAACAUUUGAAAAAUUUCUGAUAUCUAUUUCACUUAAUGCUCUGAUAUCUAGCCUGUUCGUUUGGAGAGCACAUGUUGAGCAUUGAGCACUCCUCUAGUCAAAGAAACUCACCCUCACCGACUCUCCGAGUGCAAAAUUUACUGCUUUGAAGACCUAGAUUUUGGAUAUCAGUUUUAGUCAGGAUAGGAGGUCUGUCAAGUCAGUAUCUGUAAGUAUGAUCUGGACGUGCUGUAUGAAACGUGAUGAUGGGUUAUUCUUCAAUGUCCGUGGGCAGCCAUGCCGAUGAGAAACUAGGCGCCCGUCUGGAUUAUAUGUCCGAAUGGAAUGAACACUCAGUUUCAGUCAAACCGAAAAUAGAUCAGUGAGUCCGGGUCUUGAAGUAAAUGACUAUAACUGCCAACAGCAAUCGAAGUCUGGGCCUCAAAGCACAGGCCCUUGAAUCCAAUGUAGUGAUUUCUGAGUGCACAUCAAGAAGUGUACAUUAGCUAAUGCAGGUGAAGUGUGGAGUUACCGAGCGAGCGACGAUAGUUAUAGUCACUGUAUAGACUCGCUUGGUGUGUUACUUCACAAUAUAUUGUUGGGUUUGAACCUUCCAAACCUAGGGGCUGUCUUCUAUUUCAAUUACUCUGGAACUUUAACGAAUUUAAGAUUCUCAAGUCAUAUUGACUCCCCUGCAUUGCCCAAAUCUAGACGUAGUAUUGUGUGGUUGGCGCGGGUUGAGAAUAGACUUUCCCUCCUUAACUCCAUUUCUGUGAUUUUCCACUGACCGUCUUAACCGACUAUGGCCUGCAGGGUUGUAAACUUUGUGACUGCUCCUGAAUGCAUGCAGCUAUGAACAUACGCGUGAUGCUUUAUGUGUUGACAGCUAAGUUGGCAAGGAAUAAUGUGCACGUGAGUCUAGCUCUUUGUGUGCUCUGUCGUGCUUUCUAUCCAUGAGUCUAACCCGACUUACUGCGUAC